AUGACGCUCCAAUUUCUGCCCAACAAGCCAGUGCUCCCGCUCAAGGCGCAGCAUGAUCCAUUCCCAUGGAUGGCACGAAACGUGCCGCGGCUGCUUGAUUUUAGUCCGAUGCCCAUCCCGCGUGAGAAUGUAGUGCUCGCAUGGGCCCACAAGCUUGGCUUCGAGACGGUGUCGUACUCGGGUGAGUACUUUAACAUUAUCACGAUGAUGAAUGAAGUGACGCGUUUGUGUAUUGACAUGAAUGUGAUUACCAUUCUCAUUUACACCCUGUUUCACCUCACUGCCAACGCGGGGCGCUUGACCAGGCGUGUGGGAGGCUUUGCAGCCGCGCUGUUUAUUCUGUCCUGGCCGUUCUGGGCGGGUACGGGCACGAUCAACAUGCUCAACUUUUUGCGCACAGGCAUCAGUUUUCGUACGUCGCUACUUGCGUGGGACAUCAUGCAGAUCCGCGACGUGGAAGAGGUGAAAAGUUGGAGCUACUUCAAAUUUAUCUCACAUCUCUGGCUCUUUCCCAUGGAGGAGAACCAAAUCGAAGCGCGCAGGCAAAAGUUGGGGUACGAGCCAAACGCACGGAUCGAGUGUUUAAAGCAGAUACCCGAAGGUCUCGUCCAUCUCGCGAUUGCAGGCGUCCUGCUGUUCUUUGUGCCGCCCGCGUCUGUGUACGACUCGCUUGACUUGCUGCCAAGCGUCGUGCACAAUAUCUUGGUGGGGUUUCUCAUUUACCUGCUUCUUUCUUCGAUGGGUGUGCUGUCGCUCAGCCUUGCAGGAUUCAUACUGGGGAUCGAGCAGCAGCCCAUGUUCCAAAACCCGCUCGGCGCGACGCGCGUGCGCGUAUUUUGGUCGCGAUGGAAUAGGGCGAUUGCCACUGUGCUGCACCGUGUGAUUUUUGGGGGCAAGAAUACGCACAAGACACUUGAUCAGCGCAGGAGCGAGACGAAGGGUGUUUCGAGCGCCCCAAACGGCUCCAAAGUCAGCGCGCUUCGUCAGCGUGUCGUGGCCGAGGAAGAGAAAGAGCGCUCCGAGAUGCCCACAGAAGCACCACCUAAAAAGCGGCGGCCAUUUUUGCCCAUGGCGGCCCUCGCAGUUACCACAUUUUUUGUCUCGGGCCUCUUCCACGAAUACUUGAUUUUCCAGGCCUUUCACGCCAACUUUGGGUACAAUACCGCCUUUUUCUUGCUGAAUGGAUUUGCCACCGUACUGUCCAGCGCUGUGCAGCGCUACCUUCCGUCGGUGGAUCGAAGAAUACAUUGGUCAGUGCGGUACGCGCUCAUGUGGACAUUCUACUGCUUCAUCGUCCGCCUGUUCCUCUACCCGUUCAUUGCCGCCAACUUCUUUGCCUCGUUCCAAAAGGUGUUCUUUGAGCUGAUCAUUCCGCGCAAGAUGGAGCGACCCAAGCCCAUGUUUAUCUAUCUGUUUCGGCAGUGA